AUGACCUGGAUCCGAGUCGCAUGUCACGCGCAUUUUGCUCUUUUAACCACGUACUACUACCAGCCGCGUACAUCCAAUGCUGCGUUCAUCUCGUUUUUUUCGUGGUCGACUCCUUUGGUUCUUGGACAGAGUGGAAAACGUCGUCAGGAAAUUACUUUUGGACGCUUCGUGUUUGUCAAGAUAUUGGGCAUCGGAGAUGAUGCAACAGUAGAAGUUGCCACUAUGAAAUUUGUUCUUCAACAUACAAAUAUCCCUGUUCCGAGAGUUUUCGUUGUGCUGCGGUACCGGGGAAGACAUCACAUCUUUAUGACGCGAAUCGCUGGGAAAGAACUCUCUCGUCGUCAAUGGAAGGCGUAUUCUCAAGAUAGCAGGGACCACAUACUAGCUCAACUUCGCAACUAUAUCUCUCAGCUACGUGAAAUUGUACCUCCUCCUCAUUCCCCUCCCUUCAUAUGCAAUGUCCUUGGAGGCCCGAUAAUGGACCACAGAUUGUGUGUCGACCGUCCUUAUGGGCCUUAUUGCGACGAGGAGCAGAUGAACUUACAAAGAAGACAGGGAUUCACCGUAGAACGCUUUGCGGAAAUUUUCAACAUCCCAGAAGAGUUUGUGGGACUCAUUAAGCAUGCUCAUGACUUACGGCACCCUGUUGUGUUCACUCACAAUGACAUAGCGAUGAGGAACAUCAUGGUUAGUGGUGAUCGUGUCACUGGCCUGAUUGACUGGGAGUGCGCGGGCUGGCUUCCUGCUCAUUGGGAGUAUGUCAAGGCAAAUUGGACAGAAUUUAUUGCAGAAGAGUGGAUCGAUGACUUGAGGAAGUUCAUUCCUCCGUAUGACCUAGAAAACGAAGCUGAUGAACUGAUUGGAUGGUCUCGAUCUUGGGAGCCAAGGUUGGAUCUCUGA